CUCCCUGUGCACUUUUCCCGCAACAAACCAGAGCUGAAGUGCGUCGGUCGGAGCUCGGGCUGCACUUUUAGCAGCGAAAAUGCCCAAGCGAACUUGUCCUUUUCCCGAAGCUUUCUCUUCCCAGUAUAAAAUACACAUCGGACAACAGGAGUUGAGCAAUUAUGGCGUGUUUGGAAAUAAAUACCGACAGGAGAUACAUGAAAAGACAAAGAACUUGCUCUUCACUGGUGCCAAAGCUGUGAUGGGUAAACUAUUGACCGGAGAGGACCAGAUUUCAGACCCGCAGGCCAGUGUGCAGGCGGAGACAUCAGCAUUACUGAGAGGACAGACCCUGAUCGGACACGAUGGCAGACUGACGAGAGCAAGUGCUGCACCAGGUGCCCCAGCAGCUCCCACGGCCUGCUGCGUGUGCCAGAAAAGCCAGAGGUCCAGGACACUGUGCUCCCAGUGUGACCGACUAGUGUGUUCCUCGUGUACCCGACAGUGUUUCAGCUGCUGCAGCCUAUGCUGCUCCAUCUGCACCAUCACAGAUUACAGCGGGCCGUACGAUGAAGUUCUAUGCUGCAGCUGCUCGACGUGAAAGAGGACCGGAUCGAAACUUGCAGUUUUAUACCUGUGGUGUUUUUAUGUGAUUUUUGUUUGUUUUUUCUUUUUUUUGUACAUAUCUAUAUAUGCAUUUAAUCUGAGAAUUUACUGAAAUAAACUUUAAUGCUUUUGUA